GAACUCUCUAAUGGAGGUGGGCCACGAUCUCUGGGCCAGUGCCUUCCACUUGAUGGAGUCGCUGCUGCAAGGUGUUCUCGUGCACCAAGGAGACGUGAUUCAGGGCGCGGAGGUGCAGGAAGAUGCUCUUUGCUUCAAGGUCCGACUCUCGGAAGAGCUCACUGGAGAGUUUGCCACGCGCUCACGCAUGGGUGCCCAGAUACGGCUCCAACGGGAGGUGAGUUUCGUCGUCAAGAUGCCUGAGGACUUUGUCGCCAACCCGCUGGUCGUGGAGGUCUUCGGUCUGGACUUUCCUCCCUUGCCCGGUGCCGUUGAGCUUCGGGAGGACAUCGUCAGCAAGCUUGGCGACAAGUUCGACAGAACUGGUGCUUUCCAGUGCUGGGAAGAGCGCAAGGAGGAGUUUCCUCUGCAGUCUUCCAAGCUGCGCCGGGUGCAUGAGUCGCUGGCGCAGUACUACCUGCCGCAGUUUGCCGCUGAAAAGGCCUUUUGGGGCUACCUGAACGCCCCGCCUGGGGGCUGCUGUCUGCUGGGCAGCCUUCAAUUCCAGGAAGUGCGGGUAACAUCGUGCCGGCGACCAGCUCCCACAGAGAGCCUCGAGGCGCAGCUUGCGAUCAUUGACGAGCUCUGUGUGGAGGUCCUUUUGCAGGAUCGUUUCCUGGGGGAGCGCUUCGCGCCCUCGUCGAUGAACUUUCUGGCCAUGACGCACGGCCAUGCAGCCGGGCAGAAGGGAGCGGAUCCGAAGAAGAUCGCCAAGCUCCUGUCUGCUGCCGAGACCUGGGGUCCAGGCGACAGCGGCUGGACGCAAUUCGACGAAACGUGGACCUGCACGGACGAGAAAGAUUGGUGGGGCAGGACUAUCAGAGAGCAAGGACGCGUGAUUUGGCACAAGCCCGGCUUUGAGCUCACCUGA